AUGGGGAGGGAUCAGCAGGCGGGCGCGGCGGCGGCGCACCGGGAGAAGGUGAAGUUGUUCAUGGGCGUGCUGGCGCUGCAGUUCCUGCUCGCCGGCUUCCACAUCGUCAGCCGCGCCGCGCUCAACAUGGGCAUCAGCAAGCUCGUCUUCAUCGUCUACCGCAACGUCAUCUCCCUCGCCCUCCUCGCCCCCUUCGCCUACUUCCUCGAGAAGAAGGACCGGCCGCCGCUCACCUUCUCGCUGCUGGCGGAGUUCUUCGUGCUGGCGCUCAUCGGGAUCACGGCGAACCAGGGGUUCUACCUGCUGGGGCUGUACCACCUGUCGCCGACCUACGCCUCCGCGAUCCAGAACAUGGUGCCGGCCAUCACCUUCGUGCUGGCCGCGGUCCUCCGGCUGGAGCAGGUGGACCUGGGCCGGCGGCAUGGGGUGGCCAAGGUGGUGGGCACGGUGGUGAGCAUCGGCGGCGCCACGGUGAUCACGCUCUACAAGGGCCUGCCGCUCUUCAGCCACAACCUGCACGUGCAGGCCGUGCUCUCCUGGACCUCCGGCAGCCCCAUCUUCAACUGGACCCUCGGCUGCGUCUUCAUCCUCGGCCACUGCCUCUCCUGGUCGGGAUGGAUGGUGCUCCAGGUGCCCGUGCUCAAGCGGUACCCGGCGAGGCUGUCGGUCAUCUCGCUCACCUGCGUCUUCGGGCUGCUCCAGUUCCUCGUCAUCGCCGCCUUCACCGAGGAGGACAUGAGCCGGUGGAAGGUGCAGUCCGUCGGGGAGCUCUUCACCAUCCUCUACGCCGGGCUGGUGGCCUCCGGCGUGGCGUUCGCCCUGCAGAUCUGGUGCAUCGACCGCGGCGGCCCGCUCUUCACCGCCGUGUUCCAGCCCGUGCAGACCGUCGCCGUCGCCGUCAUGGCCGCCAUCAUCCUCGGAGACCAGCUCUACACCGGAGGGAUCAUCGGCGCGGUGCUGAUCGUCAUCGGGCUCUACUUCGUGCUGUGGGGCAAGAGCGAGGAGAAGAAGACGAGGAGCCAAGAUCCCGAGAUGGCGAGGCACCUGCUGGGGGAAGACGGCGGCGAGGCUGACAAAGAUCAGCAAGUGAGCACCGCUGUGCUGGAAGAAGAAGACCCGUACUAG